AAUGUUGCAAUCUUUUUUUGUUGCAAGUUUUUUAGAACGUUCUUAUGUUUUUCAGCUAGAACAUUUUACGGUGGGCAGCAACAACCACCAUCAGAUCAUGGUGUGACGUCACUGCUACCACCACCACUACCUAAGCGUCCAUCUCCACCUCCUCGGUCUCCUCCUCCUCCUCCUGGUCCCAAAGCUGGAGCACCUUACGGUGGGCAGCAACAACCACCGUCAGAUCAUGGUGUGACGUCACUGCUACCACCACCACUACCUAAGCGUCCAUCUCCACAUCCUUGGUCUCCUCCUCCUCCUGGUCCCAAAGCUGGAGCACCUUACGGUGGGCAGCAACAACCACCGUCGGAUCAUGGUGUGACGUCACUGCUACCACCACCACCACCUAAGCCUCCAUCUCCACCUCCUCUGCCUCCACCACCGCCUUUCAUCAGCAGCAGCCGCCGCUCUGAGUACUAUGAUCUUCCUCCACCAUCUCCAGUCCUUGUGUCAGGCUUCUCCAAAAGCACCUUCACGUACGAGGAGCUAGCAAUAGCCACCAAUGGCUUCUCUGAGCCUAAUUUGUUAGGACAAGGCAGGUUCGGUUACGUGCACAAAGGUGUAUUACCUAGUGGGAAAGUAGUUGCUGUGAAACAUUUGAAAGUUGGGAGUGGUCAGAGAGAAAGAGAGUACCAGACAGAGGUUGAGAUCAUUAGCAGGGUUCACCACAGGCAUUUGGCGUCUCUUGUCGGUUAUUGCAUGGCCGGUGCCAAAAGAUUGCUUGUCUAUGAGUAUGUUCCUAACAACAAUCUCGAGUUUCACCUCCAUGGGAAGGGACGGCCUACAUUGGACUGGAGUACGAGACUGAAGAUUGCUCUCGGAUCUGCUAAAGGACUUUCGUAUCUUCAUGAAGAUUGUAUUCCUAAGAUCAUUCACCGUGAUAUCAAGGCGGCAAACAUACUGAUGGAUUUCAAAUUUGAAGCUAAGGUAGCUGACUUUGGUCUUGCAAAGAUUGCUUCUGAUACAAACACUCAUGUUUCUAGACGUGUGAUGGGGACCUUUGGGUACGUGGCUCCUGAAUACGCUGCAAGUGGGGACCUCACUGAGAAGUCUGACGUUUUCUCAUUUGGUGUUGUGCUUUUGGAGCUCAUAACAGGGCGUCCACCUGUUGAUGACAGCUUAGUUGACUGGGCACGCCCGUUGCUUAACAAAGCAUCUGAGGAAGGAGAGUUUGAGGGUUUGGUCGAUACGAAGAUGAAUAAUGAGUAUGACAUAGAGGAGAUGGCUCGUAUGGUUGUUUGUGCUGCGGCUUGUGUUCGCCAUUCAGCUUUCCGCAGACCUCGCAUGAGCCAGAUUGUGCGUGCGUUAGAGGGGAACGUAUCACUUUCAGAUAUUAACGAAGGGAUGAGACCGGGCCACAGCAAUGUAUGCAGCUCAUAUGGAGGAAGCACUGAUUAUGACUCGAGCCGGUACACUGAUGUCAUGAAGAAGAUUAGGAAAGUGGAACUUGGAACUCAAGGGUACAACAUGAGCGGGGAGUACAGUACUUCAAGCAGUGAGUAUGGACUGUACCCGUCUUGUUCGAGCAGUGAGGGGGAAACCACGCGCGAAAUGGAGACGGGGGAGAUUAAAAGAACCGGUCAAGGUUGUAGUACCCCCUCCUUUAAACCAUAGAGGAUUGUUUUUUUUUUUUUAAGAACUCUCUUAUAUAUAUAUUUUUUAACUGUAAUAGAAGAAGUUGCCUUAGUCUAAUUGAACCACAAGUUUCAAAUUGUUUUUCUUCUA